GCGGCUCCGACGGGCGCAUUUUAACCUCGGCUCAUCCCUCUCCACUUCGACCCCGGAUCAACUUAUUCCUCCUCUCCUCUUCCUUCCCCAUAUCAACCAGCACCAACACCUUUAAACCGUCGUGAUACCUUCCAAAAACAAAACCCAAAACAAAAGACACCAACACGAAGCAAAAUGUCCCAAUCCUUCACCCCCGCCGACGUGGCCGCCCACAACAACGCCGACAAGGGCCUCUACAUCAUCAUCGACAACAACGUCUACGACGUAACCGCCUUCGUCGACGAGCAUCCCGGCGGCGCGAAGAUCCUGAAACGCGUCGCUGGCAAGGACGCUUCGAAGCAGUUUUGGAAGUACCACAAUGAAGGCGUCCUCAAGAAAUACACACCGAAGUUGAAGAUCGGGGAGGUCAAGGAUGCGGCGAAGUUGUGAUCGCGCUUCCUUUCUUGAUUACCUCUUACUUUCUUUCUUCUCUUUCCUUGACUCGCGUGACGACAGAUACCUGGGACUGGCCGGCUCUGCUUGGUCUGGUUUGGACUGAUUGGGGAAGGUCGGAGGACAUGACUGCCUACCAGACUAUACCAUUCCUCUCCUAUGGGUUGAUUUAUGGCUAUGGACGGGCUAUUGAGGAUGCGGCCCGGGAGGCGCAAAAACGGGGUUGAGCUCUGGCUGGAUUCGCGUUCUCUAGAUGAUGGGAGGAAGGGCUAUGCUAUUCGAUUGUUUGAUUAUAGAUGUUGAUUGAUGUUGAUGUUGGUGUUUUAUUUACUGGAAAUCAUAUGAUACCUAUAACUAUGCUAGCGAUCUUGACAUGUUCUAUACUUUAGAAAGUAAUUAUCCUUAUACUGUUUCACUUCUACAAAAUCAAUGAAGGA